GUCAGUGUCAGUGGAGCAGCGACAGGCAGGGAAAGCCCGCAGACAGGCAGUACAGUGAAGACCGCCGCUUCACUUUCUGUCUCCACUCUGAAGGGAACUCUUUUACACAGACUGAAAGAAAGAAAACACUCCUGGAGGAAAACAACAAAACAAAUAAUAUAUAUACAUAAAACAAAGAAAAACAACAAAAAGCGUCUGCAUUGAUUUGUCUUCAGGUGGACAUGGCUGAUGUAAGUUUGAUCGACUCGUCCACCGAGGACGUAGCGAACCGAUUCGCCCGAAAAGGAGCUCUGAGGCAAAAAAACGUCCACGAAGUCAAGAACCAUAAAUUCAUAGCCAGGUUCUUCAAGCAGCCGACGUUCUGCAGCCACUGCACGGACUUCAUCUGGGGAUUUGGAAAGCAAGGAUUCCAGUGCCAAGUUUGCUGUUUUGUGGUUCACAAGAGGUGCCAUGAACUUGUCACAUUCUCCUGCCCGGGGGCAGAUAAAGGACCCGACACAGAUGAUCCCAGAACGAAACAUAAGUUCAAGAUCCACACCUACGGGAGCCCGACGUUCUGCGAUCACUGUGGCUCUCUGCUGUAUGGGCUCAUUCACCAGGGCAUGAAGUGUGACUCCUGCGAUAUGAACGUUCAUAAUCAGUGUGUCAUGAACGUGCCGAGCCUCUGUGGAAUGGAUUACACUGAAAGGAGGGGGCGACUUUACCUCAAGAUUGGGAUUGAAGAUGAUAAGAUGGAGGUCACAGUUGUGGAAGGCAAAAACCUCAUACCCAUGGACCCCAAUGGCCUGUCUGAUCCCUACGUCAAACUGAAGCUCAUACCAGAUCCUAAAAACGAGACCAAGCAGAAGACCAAAACAAUCCGCUCUAACCUCAACCCCAAAUGGAACGAGACCUUUACAUUCAAGCUGAAAGCUUCAGACAGAGACCGCAGGCUGUCUGUAGAAGUGUGGGACUGGGACCGGACUACCAGGAACGACUUCAUGGGGGCCCUUUCCUUUGGAGUAUCAGAGCUCAUGAAGUCUGCAGUUUGUGGCUGGUACAAGCUGUUGUGCCAGGAGGAGGGGGAGUACUACAACGUUCCCAUCUCAGUGGAAGAUGAUGGAAACGAGGAACUGAGAAAGAAGUUUGAAGACCAAGCAGGUGUGGAAGACUCUGAUCAGAAGGCCAGGCUAGGCCCAGGUAAGAAGGUGAUCACAGAGACGGACAACGGCCGCUCCAGCAACCUCCCAUCCAACAGCUUGGACCAGGUCAAACUCAGUGACUUCCUGUUUCUGGCUGUGCUGGGAAAAGGCAGCUUUGGCAAGGUCAUGCUCGCUGAGAUGAAGGCCACAAAAGAGCUUUACGCAGUUAAAAUCCUGAAGAAGGACGUAGUGAUCCAGGACGAUGAUGUCGAAUGCACAAUGGUAGAAAAGAGAGUCCUGGCCCAGCAGGACAAGCCACCUUUCCUCACGUACCUCCACUCGUGCUUCCAGACUGUGGACCGCCUGUAUUUUGUCAUGGAGUAUGUGAAUGGUGGAGACCUAAUGUACCACAUCCAACAAGUGGGCAAAUUCAAGGAACCUCAAGCAGUAUUUUAUGCAGCAGAGGUCGCCAUUGGUCUCUUCUUUCUCCACAGUAAAGGAAUCAUUUAUAGGGAUCUGAAGUUGGACAACGUGAUGCUGGACUCUGAAGGCCACAUUAAGAUAGCUGACUUUGGGAUGUGUAAAGAGAACAUGAAAGAAGACGUAACCACGCGAACAUUCUGUGGUACUCCCGAUUACAUAGCGCCAGAGGGUGAACACACUGUGACUGCUCAGAGUCAGACUGGCACUAAUGCACCAGCUGGGAUAACACAACAGGAGGUUAGAGAACCCAGUGCGUCCAGAGCUGUCUGAGGCAAUGUGCACAUUUUGUGUCCUUUAACACAUUGCUUAAAUUAUUGAUGGAUUUGUUUGUUUCUGUUUACUUCUCUCUUCAUGAGUUUAAAAGUAUAAUCUGGUGUUUAAGAAAAACAAUCGAAUGGCAAAUGGAGUGAAGAAGAUGAAGAUAUAAAAACACCAGAUUGAUGGGGAGAUAGACUGCAGGUUUAGAGGAAGCACUAUCUCUCUCUCACCCAAACACACACAGAUGCAGGAAAAUAAAACCCCACAGACCAUAACAAGGAUGGGUUUGAUUGAUUGACGCAUGCAGACGAGUGAUGACUCAGUGAGUUAAAGAUAGUUUAAAACUUGUUCUCAUCUUUGCAGCUUUCUCAGACAAUGUUACCAUACCAUACCAUACCAUACCAUACCAUACCAUACCAUACCAUACCAUACCAUA